CAAUCCCAUUUCCAACAGGUGACGAUGAUCCAAGCCCCAAAUACAGACAGAGUUUCGUCGGUUAGCUGAUGGAAGUUUCUGUUUGUUUUGUUUUGGUGGCGUCUCUCUCACUUUCCAUGACAUGAAUCGCAAUAAUGUGGACUGGACUGGACUGUCUGUUUCACGGUUUGGGACACUCGGCCGCACCACAACCCACGGAUCUGCCUGUCUGUCUCUUACCCUUCCUUCCUUCCUUGGGCUUCUUCUGUAUAAUGUGGGCGCUGAUUCUCGACUUAAAAACGAAAUUAACUUUCACCCAAGUCAGUAACUUGGUUGGAGUUAAUAUUAUUAUUGGUUGU